AUGUCGGAUUUAAAAAUUAAAGUCUCCUCACCGUCGACGACCGUGGGCGAGUCCCAGGAUGUUUACGACCUGCAGCAGCUGGGGUACGAUCCCGAGAUGCGCCGCAAUCGAAACACCAUGACUCUUCUCUUCCAAUCACUCGCGAUUGCAGCCAAUACUCAUCGGGAGAUAGGUCAGCUUUCCAUGUUCCUCGGGUGGGUGGUUGUCUGCAUUCUGGGAGAGUGCGUCGCACUGUCUCUCGCAGAACUCGCCUCCGUUUACCCAACCAGCGGCGGCGUGUACUACUGGACAUACCAGCUCGCAAGUCCCAAGACUAGGACGGGUCUAUCGUUCUUCACUGGAUGGAUCUGGUUGAUCGGUAACUGGACCAUCACUUUGUCCGUCAACUUUGGCCUUGCCUCCUUGAUCGCUGCCACUGUCGCACUUUAUCAUCCAGAAUAUGUCAUGGAUGCAUGGCAGCUGCUCGUCAUCUUCUACGGUAUCUGCAUCGUCACAUUUAUCAUUGCCGCCUUGUGCAACGACUUUCUUCCUGCCAUAGAUACGCUAUGUGCUGCAUUCACUCUCGUCUCUAUUAUAGCCACUUUGAUUUGCGUGGCCGUCAAGGCUGGCGCUGGUCGGCAUUCUCCCGCAGACACUUUAGGCGCUUUUGAUCCUACACUGUCAGGAUGGGGAAACUUCUCCUUCUUCAUCGGAAUGCUGCCUUGCGCUUACACAUUCUCAGCCGUAGGCAUGAUCACUUCCAUGGCUGAAGAGUGUGGAAAUGCUCGAGUAAAGCUGCCCCGUGCCGUGGCACUGGCCAUCCCUGUAGGCGGCAUUGCAGGCCUCUUCUUCGUUAUCCCCCUCUGCGCCACCCUACCUGACCUGACCGACAUCAUCGCCAACUCGGCAGCGGCGCAGUCCCUUCCAUACAUCUUUGCCCGUGUGAUGGGCUCAGCUAAUGGCGGCAUGGCCCUGACACUCCUUAUCCUCAUCAUCAAUGUCUUCUGCUCCAUCUCCAUCACUGUGGCUGCCUCGCGAUGCACAUGGGCCUUCGCUCGGGACCACGCCCUGCCCUUCUCUAGUAUUUGGUCCAGGGUCAACCAGAAAUAUGGUGUUCCAAUCUGGGCUUUGACCCUGACCACCCUUGUCCAGAUGCUGCUCGGGUUGAUCAACCUCGGCUCGUCGUCUGCAUUCGUCGCCUUCGUAUCUGUAGGUGUCAUUGCCCUAGCCGCCUCGUACGCUAUCCCGAUCAUAAUCUCUCUACUUUCCGGGCGUGAGCAAGUGAACAAGGCAGCAUGGAAGAUGCCUUCAAAUGUGGGCUGGGUGAUCAAUGUCAUCGCUGUCCUCUGGAUUUUGUUUGAGAUAGUUUUGUUCUGCUUCCCCACGACUCUGCCGGUCACGGCGGUGAGUAUGAGCUAUGCCAGUGUUGUUUUCAUCGGUCUUUGGGGUCUCAGUGCUGUGUGGUAUGGAGUCCAUGCGAGAAAGGUCUUCAAGGGACCGCCGGAGUCAGCGGGUGUAAAUGAGUAG